UUUGGAGAUUCCAGAGUUAAAACAACUCAACCCCAUUCGAAAGCCGCGUUUCAGCAGCCAAGUUUGAAACUGUUUCGCAUACACACAGUGACAGAGAAGAACUAUAGUGCGCACUAUAGCGCGCACUAUAGCUCUUUCUAUUUAUAUAUAGGGUUGUUCAAUCAAAGCUAUUCUCACACCACAAAACAAGCUCCCCAUUAACACUGUCACUUCUCACUAGUCCUUUCAAUUCAGCUUUUAUCUAAAGCUUUGUUAAACCCAUGGCGUCCAAGACACACAUUAUCCUUGUGACACUACUGUCUAUCCUUUCUCUGCUAGCCUAUAACUCAGUAUAUGCACAACUUUCUCCUAACUUCUACGCCACCACUUGCCCUAAUCUACGAACCCUCGUGCAAAAUGCCAUGAGGCAAGCUGUCACUAGGGAGGCACGCAUGGGUGCCUCUAUUCUUCGCUUGUUCUUCCAUGACUGCUUUGUAAAUGGCUGCGAUGCAUCAAUACUACUGGACGACACUGCCACCUUCACAGGUGAAAAGAACGCGGGACCAAAUCUAAAUUCUGCAAGGGGUUUCGAAGUGAUUGAUAAUAUUAAAACCCGCGUGGAAGCUAGUUGCAAUGCUACUGUGUCUUGUGCAGAUAUUUUAGCACUUGCAGCACGAGAAGGAGUGGUCUUGCUAGGAGGACCCUCAUGGAUAGUACCACUAGGCCGGAGAGAUGCAAGGACAGCCAGUCAAAGCGCAGCCAACAGCAACCUCCCCUCUCCGUUAUCUGAUCUUGCAACCCUCAUCUCCAUGUUCUCUGCCAAAGGUCUAAAUGCCCGGGAAAUGACCGCGCUCUCCGGUGGCCACACAAUAGGCCAAGCUCGUUGUAGCUUAUUCAGAACCCGCAUUUACAACGAGACCAACAUUGACUCCAACUUUGCCACUACUCGAAAGGCCAAUUGCCCGGCUUCAGGUGGUGACAGCAAUUUGGCCCCGCUUGACUCACUGACCUCAACCCGGUUUGAUAACAACUACUACAAGGACCUUGUGGCUCGGCGUGGGCUUCUUCAUUCGGACCAACAGCUGUUCAAUAGUGGCUCCCAAGAUGCAGUGGUUAGGACCUAUAGUAAUAACAAUGCAGCUUUUGCUAGCGAUUUUGCUGCAGCCAUGGUGAAGAUGGGCAAUCUUAGCCCACUCACCGGGACAAAUGGGGAGAUUAGAAGGAAUUGCAGGGUGGUGAAUUAAUGCUAUUCAUUAUAGGGAUUUACUAACGUGUGCCCUUAGGACAUAUAUUAGUAAACCAUUAGUAAAUCAUCUUAGAAAACUUUUUAUGGGAAAGUGAAAAAGUAAUUCACUUCAGUUUUUUCAAUUUUCUAUAAAAAUUUUCCCAAAAAAAGGCAUACAUUAACUGGACCUUUCAUUAUAAGCUUAAUGAUGCUAAUGUAAUUAAUUAGCAAUAUUGCUGAGACACAUCGUUUUUCAUAAUAAAUUUCGUAAUUGUUGAAGUAA